UUGCGACAGAGGUUGACAUUGAUUAGCAGGGGCAGGUAGAUUACCCAGGGUUGCAGUUGUUGUAUCCCAAGACGACCACAUGACAAUAUGGCAACGACCUCCAUUCAUGAAUCGAUUACAUAGCAACGUGCACUACCAUAACACGCAAGGAGCGUGAGGAUGGUUGUUUCACUACUGAUGAUGACAGGGAACAACUUUUGAAGUUCCCGGUGUAUCAGACAAUAUAUUAAUUCAAACUGCAGAAUUGAGUCAUGGCUGCGAGCGCAGUUAUGCCAGGAUUGCGCCCUGCAACACAAGGGGCAACUUUUACUGAGAGACCAGCACUGCCACUGAGGACAGGCACCCAACUGAAGGUGAUACCCCAGGGUCGCCAUGCUCUAGAACAGCAGAAACCUGAUGUACAAACAGUUGGCACCCAAGGAAAUAAUUCAGCCACGUCUGCUAUGACAAAUGCUAACCCUAGUUUAUCAGUUAUUGAAGUGGAAUCCUUGCUCAGGGAAAAAGUCAAGACUAAAUAUGAUGCAUUGCACCAGGCCUUCCAGAAUUAUGAUAUAGAUCAGAGUCUAGCAGUUACCAAGGGCGAGUUCAGGAGAGUUUUGGAGUCUUUCUGUUUUCCCUUGACAACAGAACAAUUUAAUGGAAUCAUCGCCAAGGUUGAACUAAGCAGAAAUGGCACUGUUAAAUACUGUGAUUUCCUUGAUAAGUUCCAUGGACAUGAGCCAAUGAAAUCAGAGAAAUGGAUCAGUGGAACACAUAAAUAUAUGCAAACUCAAGGCCCCAAGGAGCAUAUGAAUAUAGACCAAUUAGAGAAAAUGUUGAGGGACAAGCUUGUGCCAAAUGUGAGAAACAUUGUCAAAUCCUUCCAUCUCUUUGACUAUAACAGAGAUGGCAAGGUACAACGUCAUGACCUCAGGAAGGUCCUGGAGAAUUACUGCUUCAAAAUAACUGAUCAGCAGUUUGACAAGCUUUGGCAGAGGUAUGACUACCAUCACAGUGGCUUGGUGGAUUAUAUUGACUUUCUGCGGAGGUUGGGUGUCAGAGUGGAGAAUACAACCACAAAACCACAGGAGCCACAGGGUACAAAAGGAGCUAUGGUCUGGGAUCAAGCACCUUUGAAGCCCAAACUAGAAGAAUACAGGAGAAAAAUCUUUGAAGAUAGGGAUAAUGCAUUAAAGGGACUUAAUUUUGACCAAAUAGAAAUAGAGUUCAGGAAAAAGAUGAGAAGCAAUUAUGGCAAUUUAAAAAGAGCCUUCCUAGCAUUUGAUGCAGAGAAAAAUGGAUUUGUUGAUUUAGAAGAUCUAAAAUCAAUCUUAAUCAGUUUCACUGUUCCCAUGUCUGACCAGCUCUUUCAACAACUCAUGGAAAGGUGUCUUGUCAAGGCUUCAGGUAAAAUUCAGUGGGAGUGGUUUUUGGACAAGUUUCAAGAUCCUCAGGGUUCUGGCAAUGGACAAACUGUGCCAAUGAGAGUAAAUCAUAAGUACUUCCCAAUUCGUGAAACUGAAGAAACGAUGGAUGCUGAUGGAAUCUUAUCUCUUCUUCGUAACAAGAUUGAAAAUGGUUACAGCAGCUUUAAGAAUGCAUUUUUGCAAAUUGAUCAGAAUCGUGAUGGCAGAAUAACAAGAAAGGAGUUCAAAAAAAUUAUCAAGAAUUUCAAAAUCAAGUUGAGCAACGAUGAGUUCCAACUGAUGUGUGAUAGACUUGACCCCAACAAAACUAACUACAUCUCAUAUCUAAAAUUCCUACAGUUAUUCGAACCAAGAGAAACUAAGGAGGGUCACAAAUGGCUAAAUUCUGUUCACAGAUUCAACAACCAUCCUAGACCUACAAUAUUGGCUUGGGAAACAGUGGAGGAGAUCCUGCGUGACAAGGCCACAGACAACUGGCGUCCUAUCUCUGUGGCACUGGUUGCGUAUGAUGAGAGGGGAGAUGGUAUGAUACAAGACGGACAACUUCGCAGGAUACUGGAUAAGUUCUGUUUGCCUGUGUCAGAAGAACAUUUUGCAAACAUGCUGAGUAGGUGUGAGAGCCAUGCCAAUGAUAAGGUGAACUAUGUUGAGUUCAUGAUCCGUUUGGGUGUUGACGUGAAGCCAGGGGAUGUUGUGGGACUGAGCACUCAAAUCACUGAGGGCAGUAAGCAGGAGGAACUCAGGCGUGCAACUGACCUGCAGGAAAGACAAGCACUUGAAAACAAGGCAAACCUAGAUAGAACAAAUGCCAUGACUCCUGAAGAGGUGAUUGUGAGGCUGAAAGACAGAAUGGCUCAACACAAUCAAGAAAUUAGACGCUCCUUUUUAUCAUUUGAUAAAAAGGGCAAAGGCAAAAUUUCAAAGAAGUCUUUCAGGGAGGUUCUUAGCAGCUUUGGCAUGGUCAUGUCAGAUGAAUGUUUCAAGAAUUUGACAGAAAAGCUUGGGUUUUACAAGGGGCACCUUUCAUACACAGACUUUGUAAUGGCAUUUGAGGACCCCAGGAUUGGUGAUGCAUCCCCUGGCAAUGUCCAUCAGCCUAACCACAGGGUGAACCCCAUCAGGGGAGAUGAAGUGGGAAUGACUGCUGAACAAGUAGAAGCAAAGUUUCUCGGUAAACUUAAGGAAAACUUUGCCGACCUUAGGGGUGCGUUUUACAAGUUUGAUGAUGAUCAUAAUGGCCUUUUAACAAAAGCAAAUUUCCGUCGUCUGCUAGAUGCUUUUAUGUUCAUCAUGCCAGACAAAGAGUUUGAGAGAUUAUGUCAAAGAUUGGGAUUCACCAAACAGACCAAAUUAAGUUACCGGGAUUUCCUGGAUGCUUUUGAGAUUAGAGACACACCUGAAGGACACAAAUGGCUCAAUUCGGAUCACAGGUUCAAUGAUACAUAUUACCCAGAACUCCUCCAAGCAGAUACAGUGCAUGAUAUUUUAGCUCAAAAAGUUCAUGCUCAGUGGAAAGACCUUUCCACGGCAUUUUGCUCAAUGGAUAAAAAUGGAAAUGGCAUAAUAACAAAGAAGGAGCUUCGCUCAACAUUGGCCAGGUUUAUUCUUCACAUGGACAAAGAAGAGUUUAAGAAGCUCUGGGCAAGAUAUGACAGUGAAGGUAAAGGAUAUGUUACCCAUCAAGACUUCCUGCAGAAACUGGGAGCGGCUGAGUUUGCCCCUGGGGACAUGGGUGGGACCAGCAGAAAGAUAGUUGACAACAGCUACAAAGCUCUGGACCUGCACCAUCAACAGCAGCAAGCAAAACAUGAGAGGAUCACGCAGCACCAGGCAGAGAGGACGGCUGUGAUGUCUGUGAAUGAAGUGGAAAGAGAAUUAAGGGAUCGUUUCCGUGACCAAUAUGACAACAUGUAUGCUGCCUUUAAAAAGUAUGAUACCAAGAAAAAAGGAUCCUUGUCUGUCAGUGAAAUACAGAAAGUACUGGUGGACCUGAAUUACUUCCUGAAUGAUGACCAGUUCUACCAGCUUUUAGAUAAGAUCGGGCUAGUAGCUACCAACAGCAGGAUAAAUUAUGAGCAGUUUUUGAAGGCAUUUGAAGACGGCAGAAAAUCCAGCUACGGUCACAGAACAGAUGUUCAGUUAGAGGAAUAUGAAGAUUUGAAUCCCACUUCUGCAGAAAAGAAAAUUCGUGAUAAAAUCAGCAAUAACUUUGAAGUUCUCAUAUCUGCAUUUACUGCCUUCGAUAAAGACAAAACAGGGGUUAUUGGCACAGCAGAUUUCCGCCGUGUGUUGGAUAAUUUCUGCUUCAAGAUGACAGAUGCACAGUACCGGCAUCUCAUGAGCAGGAUGAGUGCUCAGGGAGAUAAUACUGUGUCUUACCCAGAUUUCAUGGAUUAUUUCAAGCAAGAUACACAACAGGAAUCUGAGCAAUGGCUAGAAACUCUUCAAAGAAACAUGAUGAGAGGAAGAACACCACAGCAGUCUGUGGGUAUGGAAGAGAUUCAUGCUGCACUUCGGGAAAAUGUCACCACCCAUUUUUACCAGAUGGCCAGAGCAUUUGCUGAGAUUGACUAUGCCAAAAUAGGAGUGGUCUCCAAAGAGGAUUUCAGAAAUGUGCUGAAUAGGAAUUCAUUUAGGCUUUCCAAUGAUCAGUUUGAGAACUUGUGGGACACUCUGAAGAUCAAUGAGUUCGGCAACCUGGAAUAUCGCGACUUCUUGAAGCGAUACAGCAACAGUACAUCGCCAAGACCUCCAUCUCGCUCCCGCUCUGAGCUUGGGGCUUCACCUGGAGGCCGCAGGUCUGAAACACCACUCUCUCUGAGAUCGGGAUCUGUAGCUAGGUCUGAGCUAAUGGGCACCCCAGCAGGGUCCAGAGCAGGAUCAAGAGUCGGGUCCAGGCAGUCCGGUCAGGGUGGUGGGCACUAUACACCUCUAGUCAAUGCAGAACACAUUGAGAACAAGCUUAGGGACCACAUUCACCGUACAUGGAAGGACAUACAGAGGCUGUGUAGACUGUGUGAUCAGGAGAAUACUGGGACUGUGGAAAUGCAAGAUAUCAAAGAUAUAUUUGACAAACUUGGAGUUGAAAUGGCUCCUUAUGAGUUUGACCAAUUAAUGAUCAAGUAUGACCUAAAAGAAAAUGGCCGUUUUUCAUAUGUUCAUUUCCUGCGCCAUUUUGUCCUGAGCAGAGCAGCAGACAAGGGUUUUGGAAGAAAGAAGCUGCAGGAACCCAAAGUGCAGGUCAGCACAGGUGAAGGGAGCCCAUUUUUUUUCGAAGCCAUGCAAAGACUUCAAUCAAGUGUUGUGAGUGAAUGGAAGGAAAUGAGAAGAGCAUUUCGAAUGAUGGACAAACCUGGACUAGGAAUUGUUACACCAGCCCAGUUCCGACAAGUGCUUCGAGAAUUUAACCUGAACUUAAGCGAGAAUGAAUUUUACCACCUUAUGACAUACUAUGAUAAGGACUUGAAGGGAAAAAUAAGUUACAAUGACUUCAUCGGAGCAUUUCUAAGAGCUUCGUGAAACAAAAACAAAAAACCCAAAAA